AUGAUGGCUCUGCACAUGCAAAUGUUAGACCAGCAUCUUCAUUGCCCUACAUUUGGGACUUAUCGGAUCCUAAACCAGACCAAACCUACUAUUUCAAAUUUAAACGAAGCAAUACCGCACCUGCGACUAUCGCCACUCUCAUAUUUAAGUGUACUUAGAAAACCAUUGCAAGGAGAGGAUAUUACAACCUCUAUUCAGAAGGGAAGUUUGGACUUGGAAAGAGUUGUACGUUGCAUCAGGCAUGCUCUCCGUACCACACCUUCACCUGAUUGGUGGAGACGAGUACUGGUGCAGAUGGCUGAAGAGACUGUCAAAAGAAUUACUAGAUUGAAUCCGAUGUUUCGCAUCAUGCCUGAUAUGUCAUCAAUGGACAUGCCUUCAUUUGAUGGAAGCACUUCAGACAAUUCAGCUGACGCAGCUGUUCCUGUGCAAGACGAUCCACAUCAUCGCUUCUACCAACAUACAUAA